UAAUGAUUGUAAGCUAACCGGCUGAGAUCAGAGUAUUGCGCUAAUAUUGAGAAAGCUUUUACAGCAAGUCUUAAAUAGCUUUAAAAAAAUUACUGUUGUAAGCGUUUGGAGACACUGCUCUAAUAAUGUAUUGGAAAAAUUUGGUUAUGAUCGUUUGUAUCGGGCAGACGUGACUAUGGUCUAUUGCAGUGGCCUUGAUGUUGAAUUUUAAAGUGGUUCAGUUUUCGGAUGUCUAUUGUUAUUGUCACAGACAAGAUUUUAACGGCAACAUCUGUAAGUACGCGCCACUCGAGGCUUUUAAAAGAGAGAUUUAACUUGCGUUUACCUUCAAUCGUGUCAAAGAUUUUCAUAAAUCUGAUACUUGUUUUAUCGUGGAAAUCGGCAAAUGAAAAACACAAAGUCAAGGGUUUCCUGUCAAUUUCUUAUUCAUAAGAUUAUAAUUAAUGUAAUUAUUUAGCGAAAUUUUUACGGUUAAAAUUAUACAAUCGCCCCCAAUGCCGUGGAUUUUACGAGCUUAGAUUGUCUCAAAUCCCGUUAGUUGUAUUAUUGUCAAAAAGAAAGUGUUCCUUUUUGAAUAAGCAUGCUUUUCAAUACCCAUAUUUCCUCCACGUAUCUCCUGUGGUGGUUAAUAAUAAGACAGGUAUGCUGUAAAAUGAAUGACAGGUGAGAUAAGUGUGAUAGUAAAUGGCAGGUGCAGAUAAUUCACAGUGUCUUUCUCAAUUUCUUCUUAGUUGUUCACGAGUUUCUCACACAAGAAAUAAUGUUGAAAACUUAAAGUUAGCAUCAGUGUAUAUAUAUUAAAGAUGUUUUUUUGUUUCAUUUUUUAACAACAUCCAGCUUUUAUGUUACAAUUGUUUCUAUUAUUGUACAGACUGAUUCAGUUGAAGACUAAAUAAAGGGGUACCUCUUGGUGGAAUAGGAUGUGGUAGUAUUGGACGAGGAUGGAAGGGUGAUUUUAACAGAUGGCAGUUGACACCAGGAAUGUAUAACUACACCUAUGUAGAAGCAAACCAGUUCAUUGUUUGUGUGAGAAAAAAAGGAAGAACCACUUACCAGGCUGUAUUGUCACCAAACCGUCCAAAUGGUGUCCUUUGUGGACGCAGUUUACAAGGCUGGAACUGGGGGUUUAAUGGUGCCCAUGCCACAUAUCAUGCCCUAUAUCCACGUGCUUGGACAACUUAUUACUUACCAGGACAAAACAUCAGGCUCAUUUGCCGUCAAGUAUCACCUGUGUUUCCUCAUUAUUACAAAGACACCAGUCUUCCUGCUGCUGUAUUUAUCUGGGAAGUGGAAAAUAAUGGUGAUGAAGAAGUUGAAGUAGCAAUCAUGUUCACAUUUCAAAACAGUGAUGGAACUCUAAAUGAAGGCUCAAGUGGUCAUUAUAAUGAGUCAUUCACUUGUAAGAUUGGAAGCCACUGUGCCAUGGAAGAUCAGUGUGCAGAUAAAAGUAAUUCAGUGUUAACCAAUGUCUCCUCUGAAGUGACAGGAGUUCUUCUUCAUCACAAACACCCAACACAGCCAUACACAUUAGGGAUUGCAGCCAAGGCACAAAAUCAGGCUGGAAAGAGUGUUGUCACCGUGACAACAAAAACUGCAUUUGAUGCACAGACUCCCUGCAGAAGAGUAUGGGAAGACUUAAUGGAUGAUGGCAAACUUAACUCCACUACAGGACGCAGUGAACCAUCCAAACCAGAGCAGACCCUGUGUGCUGCAGUGGCUGCCACAGCCAAGAUACCAUCAAAGAGCAAAACAAAACUAGAGUUUGCCCUCUGUUGGGAUAAUCCAGUUGUCCAUUUUGGGUCAUCAAAAAACAAGCACUACAGGUUUUACACUCGAUUCUUUGGUCGUCAUGGUGAUGCAGGUAAAGCUCUUUGCUGUCAUGCCCUGAUGCGCUACCCUGAGUGGGAGUCCAAAAUAGAGGCCUGGCAAAGACCAAUCUUACAAAAUGAUUCAUUGCCAUCUUGGUACAAGUCAGCUCUCUUUAAUGAACUAUACUUUGUAGCUGAUGGUGGAACAGUUUGGUUAGAUGUGGACCUUGUCACAGAUAACAAGACUCCUAUCCCUGAGUUUGUUAAAGAAUAUGGCAGAUUUGCAUAUCUAGAAGGACAUGAGUACAGGAUGUACAAUACUUAUGAUGUGCACUUCUAUGCGUCAUUUGCUCUUGCCUUGCUGUGGCCAAAGCUACAACUAAGUCUUCAGUAUGACAUAGCUGAGGUGGUGAAUCAGACAGACAGUCAGCUCACAUUAACAAUGAUGAAUGGACGCAACUGUCCGAGGAAAGUAGCCGGCUAUGUACCACAUGAUGUAGGAGAUCCAGCUGAGGAACCUUGGGAAAAAGUUAAUGCCUACACCAUCCAUGACACAGCGCAGUGGAAAGAUCUUAACCUCAAGUUUGUGCUUCAGGUGUAUCGUGACUACAAGGCAACGAACGACAUUCAGUAUCUAAAGGACAUGUGGCCCAUUGCAAAGACAGUGAUGAAUAAGACUGCAGUGUAUGAUACAGAUGGUGAUGGCUUGAUAGAAAAUUCUGGCUUUGCAGAUCAGACUUUUGAUGCAUGGCCUGUCACAGGCCCAAGUGCUUAUUGUGGAGGAUUGUGGCUCGCAUCUCUCAGGGUCAUGCAGGAAAUAGCCAAUGUGUUAGGAAUCCCAGACGAAGCUGCUAAAUAUGUGAACAUACUUAAAAGAGGAAAGAAGGCUUAUCAUGCGCUUUUGUGGAAUGGAAUAUACUACAACUACGAUAGCAGCACUAAUAAAUACCACAACAGUAUCAUGGCUGAUCAGAUGGCAGGACAGUGGUAUCUCAAGGCGUGUGAACUUGGACAGUCACCCAGUGAUCGGGUGUUUCCAAGAGAGAAUGUGCUGAGCGCCCUCACCACCGUGUACAAGUAUAACGUACUUCAGUUCCAGGAUGGCAAUAUGGGUGCUGUGAAUGGCAUGAGACCAAACGGCCAGGUUGACACAAGUAGUUUACAGGCCGAGGAAGUCUGGACAGGCAUCACGUAUGCUGUGGCUGCUUCUAUGAUUCAAGAGGGUCUAGUUGAAGAGGGCUUCAAAACAGCCAGCGGUAUUUACAACACGUGUUUCGAGAGACUGGGGAUGGGUUUCCAGACUCCAGAGGCGAUUGUUGCUAAUGGCAACUUUCGCUCACUAGCUUACAUGAGACCGCUGAGUAUCUGGGCCAUGCAGUGGGCGCUGGAAAGGCAGCACAAGCCUGCUCCUCAAGACCAUACCGCUGGUCCUAGCCGUGACUACUCUCAAUGUAACGGAGUUUGUCAUGUCUCCAGUAAUUCUUAAUUCAAUGCGUUAAUCUCUAACAUACGCACGGUAGUAGUAUUAGAAAGGAAGUUGCAUAGAACCUUAUUAAUAUUCUUUCUUCAGUACAUACACACGCAUUACGCAAGUGGUUUCUCAUAUUCCGACUUUUUCUCUCUUUUAUUAUAGCGAUAGGACUCUGUUAAGGUCUCGCAUGAAUGGCUUGAUACCCUUUGAGAGGACAAUGGAACAAACAGCAAAAACAAUGUUCCCAUCCCUAAAACAAUACCAGCUGCUAACAAGCAAAACUAGGCCAUUUUCGAGAUACCUUGUGCCUCUGUUUCAAAAUGAGUCUU